AUGGAGGAUGGAGGAAGGAAGGAGGAAGGAUGGAGGAAGGAUGAAGGAAGGAUGGAGGAAGGAUGGAGGAAGGAUGGAGGAAGGAUGGAAGAAGGAUGGAGGAAGGAAGGCGGAAGGAUGGAGGAAGUAUGGAGGAAGGAUGGAGGAAGGAUGGAGCAAGAAUGGAUGAAUGAUGGAGGAAGGAUGGAGCAAGAAUGGAUGAAUGAUGGAAGAAGUAUGGAGGAAGGAUGGAGGAAGGAUGGAGGAAGGAUGGAGGAAGAAUGGUGGAAUGAUGGAGGAAGGAUGGAGCAAGAAUGGAGGAAUGAUGGAGGAAGGAUGGAGGAAGGAAGGAGGAGGGAUGGAGGAAGGAUGGAGAAAUUAACUGUAGAAUAA